UCGCCCCUAGUCGUCGCCUCUUGUUAUCUGUUGUGUUUUUUCGGGGCUGGGAAAACUGGGCGAAAAACAUCAUGUCCUUUCGAUAAAACAUUCCCCUUGUAAAUAUCGAAGUAAAAUAAAAAAGCAGGACUUCGGGUGUCCUCGGAGGAUUGUAAAAGACAAUUGAGAGAAUAGGUAACGGUCGUUAGUUGUUUCGGCUGGGUGAUUCUGUGAGGACAAAACCCGUGGUGUAAUUUAAUAUAAGAGUGCGGCCGAAAGGGGAGGCUUGGCGAUUUAACAGGAUAUCGAUUUGUCGCCGCGAGUGUGCUGUGCGGGCUCUCUAUCCUCUCCGUCCGUGUUUGUCUCUCUCUCUUUCGUCUCUUCGUACUCGUGUUCGCUCACACAAACGUGUGAGGGCAGCCAUGGACGUCGAUAUUUUUGGGGCACAGCCUGAACCGUGUAGGUCGAGCCGUGUCCGGACGUGCUUAAAGGCCUGAUAGGGCCCGAAAUGUGACCGAGGGCCCUGCGGAGCUUUAUAACGGUGGGUUUUUUUUCAUUAAUUAGGGGAAAUUCAGUGUUAUAUAGUCGUUCGCGAUCACAAGCUUGUCCGUAUCUCGUGUAACCGCCGUGUACUCUCGCUGUGUCGUUGUUGGAGAGGAGAAAAAAUCGGAAGGAAAAAAACAGGCAUUACAAUAAAAGCGUUAACGAGACGCAGGAAAUAUAUCAAUCCUACACAUACACAUAUUAUGUAUAUACAUAUAUACAUUUAUAGCCCCGCGUGUGUCUGUGUAUAUAUAUGAAAAAGUAUACAUAUAUAUUUAUAACAAAAUAUACAUAAAAUAAUAUAUGUAUUCACAUAUGUGUGUAUAUAUACACAUGUCUGAAGAAAAAAUAUCAGAUAUCGAAUAAGAGAAAGAAAAAAAAAAUCAUACGUCACAAUGGAAAUCGGAAAUGUAGCAAAUCCAGGAGGUGGGGCAGUCGCCUGUCCCGUUUGUACCCUUUAUUUACGCGAGGGUAUAAGCCUCCAAAGGCAUUUGGACACUCAUCCAAAAGAGCAAGUAAUCGAAGCUCUUAUAAAAGCAAGUACCUUGACGUCGUCCCCUGCACCUACGCCCGUCGCUCAGCCCGGUGUAAGCGCGCCUUCCAACUCUACGUCUCAACAACAAUUGAACAACGGUGCACAUAUACCCGCUCAUUCCUCCUUCCCUGUCAGUCCUGUUUUCGAAUGUCCGCCUAUAAACACCAUGAUGCCGCCUCAAUUUGCGUCAUUCAGCUAUCAACAGUUUGUCAAUAACGGCACCAUGAUGAUACCUCAAUACGCCAUGGCUCCUCAAGCCAACCAAAUGAUGCAGAUGCUGUACAAUCCUUACGGUAUGUACCAGCAACAACAAAUACCAACCGUUCAGAUGAUAUCUCCCAUUGCUACUAUUCCGACUACGAGAAUAAGGCCGGUCGUCACAGUCGCCAAUGAAGUUAAUUCUCGGGGUGUUAUCGAACAAACCGGUGUUACAACUGACCCCAAACAACAGAUAGCCACAGAACUAUUAGCGGAGCCGGAGCCCGAACGAAUUUUACCUCAUAUAGAAUUGCCAACAACACCCGCACCUGCCGAGGAUGAUCCUCUAUGCGCAACGACGCAGGAUUCUGAAGAAACCGAUUCAGCGAGAUCGAGGGUCGAACACAGAGGACAACAGACUCAAAGUAGUAUGACGCAGCAGAGAGCAGCGACGGAACGACAGGAUUAUCAAGAAACUGACCAAAAUCCAUUGGGCGAUAAUUGUCAGACAAGUCCAACGGAUGACAACAAAUCGGAGAGUACCGUAGUUGAGAGCAUUGAAAGAGAAGAAAGCAGGAGUAACGAGAGCCAGAUACACUGCAAAGAUAUAGAAUUCGGAGAAACCGAGAGCAGGGAAUUUGCUGUUGACGUUUACGAGAAUGAAAUCGAGAAGCCUACCAGCAAUAACGACAUCGAGGCUGAAAAUGAAGGGAACAAAGUCCAACAGAGAGAUUUGUCCGUAGAGGCGAAAGAAGACGACGCGAAUGAUUCCGGAGUUACAACGACAGAGGAAGAGAAUAACGCUCGGGUAGAUUUAAAAGGAACAAGCCAGCCUGAAGUGGAACAGUUGGAAAGAUUGUUGAUAACGAUUAUGGAAUCGAGCUUCGAAGCGAGUAGCGAGAAAAACAACGACGAGACAACGACGGAGAAAAAUACGAGGGACGAGGAUACAACGAGGAACGAGAACGACGUUACGGAAUUUUCCAAUUGGAAUUUAUCGCAAGACAAGAGGGAACAAGAGGAAACGUGCAAAAGAUAUAACGCCGAAUUGCAGAACCAAGUUUUUAGUAAAAUAUUGAACGCGAGCUCCGAGAGUAUCGACGAAUUGGAGAACAAUUUUAAUAGUGCAUAUCGAUACAGAUGUAGCUUAUCGGCACCCUCGUCGCCCGUUAUUACGAAAAAACUCCAUAGAACUUAUUCCUUAAGAUGCGACUAUCGCUCGAACGAAAAUCUUAAUUUAUAUCCUUCUGGCUUUGAGGCCGGCGCAAUGCAAGAACACGAGGAAGACGAGGCUAAACAGAUGGAGGAUAAUUUCGAUGAAGAAGACAUGGAAAUCGAGGAAAUAGCAAGCCCUCAUACGCCUUUCGUAAAACAAAGCGAUUGUGGAGAAAGUGGUGUUUGCGCUGCCGUCGACGUCGCUGCGAGAUCUCACACACCCCUGUCAGCGAUAAGUGGUAUAUCCGGAUUACGCGUACAAAACGAUGAUGAUAUGGUGAAAGAAGAUCGGACGGAAAAUUUGUUAAGAUCUUUCGUUCCUAUGGACACGGAAAGUACGAGCGACGAGGAUGAGGAGGAGGAAGAAGAGGACGAGGAGGACGAAGACGAGAGCAACGAUUCGGUGGACUCUUCACCGACGAAAAAUCCGAUGGAUUGUUCGCUCAACGGACAAGAUACGAAACGCAACGUCGAAGAUUCUUGUCCGAGAGAACAGAGUACCAGCAGUAGCAGCAGCAGCAGCAGCAGCAGCAGCAGCAGCGUUAGGAAAGCGACGGAAUCGAGUCAAAUGUAUCAGCAAUCAGUUAUAACGGAGCACGUGAGCUCCUUCACAACGAUAAAUUCACAACAACCGAUAAUAAUUCACGAAAGUUAUUCAAUGUCGAGUAACAAAUCGUUGCAUAAUAACGUAUUAAAUUUGUCGGAAUUGGCGGCCGAUCCAACAACGAGCACCGAGUUGUCUAAAAAUUAUCAAGCAGCUAAAUCGAUGAAUCAUAUGCAAUCGACCGAAUUGUUGAACAUUAACGAAGACGCUCACGCAGGACCUAUGAACGUUUUCGAAUUCGACGGACUUCAAAUAUUAGUUCCUAGUACAUUCAUAAGUGAAUCAUCGCAAAAAGCAAUCAGCGCGACGAGCCAACAAUCAAUGACGAGUAGCGAGGGUGGUGAGGGUGGUGCCGGUAUCGAUGAGGAGGUAAAGAGCGUAAAUAUGCGUGCCGAUGAAACUAUGCCACCGCGUGGCGAAUUGUCGGAACAGGAGAGCAACGGUUGUACGGAGCAUUCGGCAUGGCAGCUUUACAUGGGCCAGGAAUCGUCGCGGAUGUCCACGUCUUACGAUCUUAUGGCUCGGGAGAGCUGGGAAGAGUCCGAGGGUUCGGAUAACGAGGUCGGUGUACCGCUGCUCGACAGCAGAUCUCUCGCAACGCACUUCACGUCGAGCCUCUUUCUCGAUCGAGACCGUAAAACACCGACCAAACGAACUUUCAAGUGUUCACAUUGUACGGAAGUGUUCGAUUGCCCGAAAGAGCGUCGAGUUCACAGUACAACCGUUCACAAGGAAGCGGGUCCCAGUAGCAGCAACGAUCCCACGAGUCAAUCGGAAUCAAAAGAUAUAAAACUUUUGGACGGUCGUAUGAACGUGUUCGACGACAUUUUCGUAUCUGGUAUUCAUGUGCAGCAGCCGUUGUAUCAUCAUCAUCAACAACCGUUGUUACAUCAGUUGCAGCCGCCACCGCAACCGGAGAAUGCGAAAGCGGAGGCUGAUCAGAAAGUCGAUAGCCUGACGAUACCACCAAAUUUGGAGAUUUCUUGUGCAAUGUGUAGCCAACGUUUCAGCAGCGAGAGAUCUUUGCAAGUUCACAACAGACGUGUUCACGGUACCGAAGUAGCACGGCGUCUCCAAGAAAUCUCAAAGUGUCAGAUCUGCAACGAGGAAUUCCCUUCGGUAAUGUUGUUCAAUGCUCAUUUGAAGAUUCAUCCACUGGAGUGCGCUCAGUGCGGCAAAUAUUUUUAUCGCAAGCCAAAUUUCAAGCUUCAUAUGAAACGACAUCUCGGUAUAAAACCGUUUCCUUGUACCGUUUGCGACAAAGCUUUCUUGACAAAACAAAAAUUGGACGAGCACACGAACGGUCACACCGGCAAUGCGCCGGUCAAAUGUAAUUUAUGCAACGAGACUUUUCGUAGAUAUUCAAAUUUAACUCAGCACAAGAAUCGCCAUCAUCUUAACAUAAAGAGAAAAUUGAAGGAUUACAUAUGCCACUGCGGCGAAGUAUUUCACACGAAGAAAAAACUCGCUUGGCACAAAGAGACACACGACGAAAAACCGAAAGCUUGUACCUACUGCAACGAGAGAUUUAUACACAUGGCUAGUCUGACGCGACACAUGAGACGCGCGCACAAUCGUCGUUUCGUACCGGAUGCCCAACGUGAAAGCGAAAACGUUGAGUGUCCGAUAUGCAAGUGUAUCUAUUUAAGAUCCUCGUUGUCGGUUCACAUGAGGGUUCACAAUGGUGAAAGACCCUACGAGUGUCAGGUUUGUUCCAAAGCGUUCAGUACCAAAUGGAAUUUACAAUUGCACAAAUGGACACACGCCGCACGCAGUACCAAACCCUUCAAAUGCAAUCAGUGCAGCGCUGCGUUUUAUCGACACAGUGAUUACACCGCUCAUAUGAACUCGCAUCGUAACGUAAGGCCGUACACGUGCAAUUAUUGCGGUGCACAAUUCAUAAGAAAGUACAAUUGUCUGAGACACGUUAAGGAACAUGAGGAGAACAAGGCAUACACGUGUGACGUUUGCAACAAAACUUUUCAUCGUUCGUACUAUUUGAAGGAUCAUUUGCGAGUGCAUUCGGGUGCAAGACCCUAUACGUGUCAUAUUUGCGGUAAAUCGAGUAGCACCAAGUCCAAUCAUAACAAACACGUUAGAAUUCACCAUGCCCGAGAGCCUGUAAAUACUGAAAAUUAGUUUGUCUUUAUCGUCGAUCAACUUUCUAUUUCAUCCUUCUCAUUUAUUCGGGAUAAUGCAAGAGAGAAACGAUCACCGAUACGACUGCGGACUUACUGACUCCCGGCUCUUCAAUAUCUUCGCCUCCGUUGAAAUAUUGAAAUGGAAACACCCACACUUACACACACAUGCACACACACCUGGACGACCAUGGAACAAUUUCACUUUUCUCCGUUUUUUCCGUUUUAUACACACGACUCAUUUCAAUUUGAGAGAUUUUUGUAUCGUGUUUCAUAUCAAUUUGCGUUAUAACACGUGUCCCCUUCAAACGUUAUAUUCUAUUGUUUUGCUUGUUAUUAUCUUCCCUUUCACAUACGUACAUCUUGCGUAUAUUAUUGAAGUUCGGAUAGUUGGAAAACAACGCUCAAAGUUUCUAUUCAUUUUCAAUACGUUUCCGACAAUAGAAAUGCAUUUUUUUCGCCCAUCUUAUCUUUGGGCUAUGAAAAUGUUGGAUUGUAAAGGUUAGAAAAAAUGAAUAGUUUUCGUUUCAUUCCAACUGUACUAACUUCAAUGUCGUUCAGUGCCGAUUGUAUCGUUUUCUGUUAUGUUCCCAACCAAGUUUUGCUUAAUAUUACUUCCGCGUCUCAAACUAAAAGAUUUGAGUGUGCAUCGUUAAAUUGCAUAAAUACGUAAAUACUGUUUGUACGAGCUCAGACUUACGUUCAUUUCUUUAAGGUCUAGGGACCACGAUUUUGAAAAUCCGGUGACUCGACGAACUUCGGAACGUUUCAUUGUGAGAAAAAACAAAGAACAAGAAGACACCUGAGAUUGUUUAUGAAAAGUUCAUUCUCCGUGUCUGAAAAAACUCAAAAAGAGUAGAUCGCAUUUCAUUCUGACUGCGCAAUACUACUGGAAGUGGAGAAAAAAAAACGCGUUUGCCAACUAACAGUAAUGGAACUAUUGCAUAGAGGAACAAAAAACUAAAUAAUUAACCAAUUAAUAUUACACAAAAUAUAAAAGUCUUUUACGUGUCAAUCGUUAUAAGUGGAUUUUUUUACAAUGACUGUUUUACAUGAAAAAAGAAAGAAAAAGAGAGAGAGAGAAAAAAACAAAACAAGUGUGCGUAUCGAAAGUUUGCCGAUCAGUGUCCAGUAAAAAAACUAAACAUAAACGAGAGAAAAACAUCAACAACGGCCCACGUUUCACAAAAGCGUCAUAAUUACUCCGUAAGAGUGACGAAGAACGGGAAAGCAGAGGAAGGAAAGGGGAUAGGAAAAGGGCUUAUCGAUUACUAUUAUUACUAUUCGACUAUUCGUAAGAUCGUCGCGAAUCUUAGUUGUUAUUCUUCUAUAUUUAUAUAUUUUGCAAUGUAUAAGGUGAUUUUUUAUUGGUAAUUCCAAUAUUAAGACUGAUCGAUGUUGGUUCUUCAUACUGCUCUCGUAUAUACAGAAAAAAAAUAUAACAGGAGGUGAACAAAAUGAACAAACGAGGAUGAGCAUGAAUAAAUGAUAAAGCUCAUGAAUAACUGAGCCGCGGGCGAAUGAUCCUCGAAAAGUUUUUGUUCUCGUUAUAAUAUUAAAUUACUAACGUUACCUAAUAUGUUAAUUUCAUGUUUAAUUUAACUUUUUUUUUGUUUUGUUUUUGCGAAUCUGACGAUAUUUCAUUUUGUCGAUAAAACAAUUACGAAAGAAAAAAUAUUAUUUAGACGUAUUGUUUUAGAUAGUUAAUUAGAAAUUCAAUUCUUGAAACUGGUUAAUAAAAUUAUAAAGAAGGGAGAGAAGCAUUGCAAGGGGAUGGUGGUAAACGUCGAGAUAAACCAGUCUACCCUGUACGUUGAGAGCAGUAUGAGGGGAAGUAACAUUAAACUGCCUGAAUCUAAAGAGACGGGCGUCCUGUACCAAUGGGGUUGCGAUGGUAAACCGAAUUCAAUAUUAUUUCCAAUUACGUCGACAUGAUGAAAAUUCUACGGGAUUAUACAAAAAUCAUGCGUAAUAACAAUUGUAUGCAGUGACUACUUGUGAUGGGAAGACUCUCAAACGGAAGGAAAAACUAAUGUUUAUUCAGAUGAAGGAGAUAGAGACAAAAGAAAAAUCUAGUAAUAGACUCGAGGAUAAAUUUGCCUACUUUUGCGUCUAUAGCCUAGAUUGUUUUAGGCAAAAGUCUAUCCCAUGUUUAAAAGAAAUGAUUCAAUAACAGACGAGCAAAAAAGUAAAAGAAGGAGAAAAAAAACCUACAUCGAUGUCCGGACGUGCAAUUUGUUUAGUUAAUCAGCAUGUGCAUUCGUAGCGAAUCAAAGUUGUAAAUAGUGUAAAUAUGUACAUCAACUCUAUUUUAUAAUAGGGCCAGCGAAUUCACUUGGCAAUUGAAUACUGUAUGAAGAAUUAAUUCAUACUAUGUGAAAGAUAAAGAUAGAAUAAUUACUAUUAAAACAAACAAACAAACAAACAAAAAAACGACAAAAAAAUGAAAAAAUAGCUUGUGUAAACCUUAAUAAACGUUAUGUAUUGAGGUACUUUUUAAAA